AUGGUCGGUGCAACAGUCGAUGGUGCAAAUCCCCUCGGCUCAGUCCAUGAUGAGCAAAGCACAAACAAACUACGUUACGUCACAGCCCUCUUACAAACUGACAGAGGGCCCUGA